AUCAGGUUAUCCUUUAUAAUUAAAGCAGUGACAACAAAUGAUAAGCAAACUGAUAUUUACAGUUACUACCUUACAUGUGUAUCACUUUCCUGCCGCCGCCGCCACUCACAUGUAAGCUCUUUAUCGCACACACACUCUCUCUCUCUCUCUAAAAUAUCUCUAUCUAACUCUAUCCUUCUCUUUCUUUAUUUUCGUAAACCACUGUGAAGCCAUCAUUGACAGUGUGUGCGUGUGUUUCAGAAAUGCCUACGUAGUAAAACAAAAGAUUAGGCAAAAACAAAAACAAAACAAAAGAAAGAACAAGAAGGACGACAACGACGAAAAUAAAAAAACAAAACAAAACAAGUGUCAACACUUACAAAGACUGUCCACAUGUCACAUCACAUUAUAAAUCACAGUCCAAUUCAAUAUGUUGCUACUAUUUUACCAACUAAUUUACCAAACCAAACAACUCCAAGCGCCUUACCAGAAAUGUAAAAUUGGUGGAAGAGAAGAAAAAAUAAACACAAGGUUUUUCGAAAUGUUCUGUGACAUUUAUGGAAUAUUAUGAAGUCCAUUGUUUUACUCUCCUUUAUGUAAAUAUCACUUGAAAUGGGACGACCAUUCAAAAAACGAGACACAUAGUGGUGGAGUAUAAAAGAAAAAGAAAAGACAAAACGUACCCCUCACUUGUCUGUCACUUCACAGGUUCGUUUGUUUCGUGAAGGUGUAUGUAGAAAGAAGAAAAACAAGAGACAAAAGAAAAAGAAAAUAAGGGAAACUAAACCAACAAGUGCUUUCUAUUAUACACUUAUUCUCUUUUCUUUCUUGUUCUUUCGACAAGAUACUAUUUUUUAAUACAUAUUACGCGCCGAGUUUUUUGGAUUGGUCACACCUGGAUUUACUUGUUUAUGGUGUGCCGGUUUAUUUCGCCUAAACCCUUUCAGUCAUGGCUUUCCAAUUACCUGAUAAACUGGAUGCCUCACGGAAACUAAGACAGUCCCUUAUUCCGGCACCUAAGGUAUAUUCUAAAACAGCACAACAGGAAACCAAUUCAUACAAAACAAACACUGCUGUUGAUGAAAAGCCAAAUACCUCAAAGCAGUUCAAUAUCGGAGAUCGAGUAUGCAUCAGUAGCCAAAAGCACGGCACGCUUUUGUAUUUUGGUAAACUACAUGUAUCAGAUGGUUUGUGGUGUGGUAUUGAACUAGAGUUACCUGAAGGAUCCCAUAAUGGUAAAAUUGAAGACGUCAGGUAUUUUACCUGUAAAAAGUUCCACGGUAUUUUUGCUCCAAUUGAUAAGGUUGAGCGUGUGAUUCCGAGUAAGCCUCUCACAACAUGGGCAAAGGUCAAAGAAUCAAGCGUAAAUGAUGAGAGAAACAAUGAGCUACAGAAAGACCAGUCUGUGACAAAUAUAGAAAAUCACGAAGAAGAUUAUCCAGUAAAGCGUCGGAGUGAGGGGGGAAAUGUGAAUUUUUGGAGGAAAACAAAACCACAAAUUCAAGACCAAAAUUUGUCAGAAACACAUUCUCUGGAAAAUCAAGUUAACCUUUUGGAAACUCAUCCAUCGCUUGCUAACAAAGGUCAUGACAACUCUGACCAUCAUACACCUUGGCAGCAGUUCUUGAAGUCCCAUGGUUCACCAAAUUCAUAUGUUCAAUCACAACACAUUCAGAACCAAUCUAAAUCACCUUCUCAGUCUCAACAACUGAAGGCUGUGUCAAAGGAAUGUGAAUCUUCAUCUCCAUAUACAUCUGGCCAUUCUAUACCAUUGCACUCAUCCAGGACAACUGGGUCCACUCAACAGCUACAGAACAGCACAACUUCAUCUUAUUCAGACCAACAGCAAUCUUACUCACGGUUGCAAUACCAGCCUCAGCAGCAAUACUCUGGACAGCAGUUCAAACCUCAGCAAUAUCAGCGGAAUUCAAUUCCACACCAAUACCAGCAGCAGCAGUACCAACAGCCACAGCAGCAGCAUCAGCAGUUCAGCUCACCUCACUCUCAUCAUCAAAGCCUGCACUUUUCACCUCAGCAACAGUACGACACGUCAUCGCUGCCUCCUCAACAAUUGUAUCUACACGAGACACAGCAGCCAGGUCACCAGUACUCUGGCCACCACUACCCACCUCAGCAACAACAGUACCCACCUCAUCAGCAGCAGUACCCACCACCUCAACCACAGCAGUAUCUCCCUCAGCAGCAAUAUCCACCACCACCACCACAACAAUCCCAGCAAUAUCCGCUGCCACCACACCAACACCAGUACCCACCAGCUCCACAACAGCAGCCAUACGCAUCUCCACCCCAGCAGCAACAAUACCCACCACUGCCACUGCAUCAGCAACAGCAGUUCAUACCAACACCUCCACCCCAUCAGCAGCAAUACCCCCAACCACCACACCAUCAACAACAGUAUCCCCCACCACCACACCAUCAAUCCCUUCCCCAGCAGCAGCUGUAUGCUUCACCACCACCACCACCACCCCAGCACUCUUCAAAAUCCUCUGAUCACAGCUUGUGUCUCCCUGAAGAGCGUUCUAUAAGUGAGGAAAAAGACAAUGGCUCGACCCAAGCCGACAUGGGAAUCAGUGCUUGUGUUAAGGAAUACCUGGAAUCUGACCGUAGAACUUACUUCAAUUUUACAUUUGAUGCUGAAAACGGUGGCAAUGUCAGGACAGCAUCAAACAAACCAAAUUCCUUGACAUCAUCACUCUACCAGGCAGAGAGAGAACUUGACCCGGCAGGAGUCAUCUGGGAACUGGAAAAUACAGAUGAUGAGAUCAGUUUCCGUAUAGAUUCUGAAAAAACAUCAGAAUCUAGUUCGUUAGCAACAAGUACAGAUGAAAAGCAAUUGACAUCAAAGUUAGAAAGCGGAUCUCCUCUAAACUCUAAGUUGGCUUUAACUGAGAAUAAAAUGGCAGAGUCUGAAGCGUUGCUCAUCAAACAACUUGAGGAAGAACUUGCAAGUAAUAUUGUUGAAAGGGGUACAGAAAGUGAGAAAGGUAGCAGUGAGGAAGAUGAAAUUAUUAUAACCAAUAAUAAGGAUAAGAAAAAUAAACUUCUAAUAAACAUAGAAAAGGCAGUGGAACAUGGUGUUAACAGCCUUCAUGGUGGUCAUAUAACUUUGGACAUGAAAUCCUCUUUGGAUUCGCAGUUCAGUGACAUAACCUCUGAUAGAACACCACCAAUAAUGACUGAUUCUGGUAUCAUGGUUGACAGUAGAAUAUCUGACUUCGGUCGAUAUAAAUGUUCUUCAAUGGAAAAUAGUCUUGACAUGGAGCAUCUCCAUACCAGUGACCAAUUAGCUGCAGAUCUUCAAGAUGGCCACAGAGAGAAGAACAGACCUACCUCUCUUAUUUCAACAACCAGCGUUGACACUGGAUAUGCCGAUACUGAAUCUUGUAUUAUGGCUUCUCCAUUGAACACCGAAGACAUGAAAGCUCUGAUAAAUACUGAAGAGCAAGAAGAAAUAGAGGGUGAUUCUGUGAAGAAAUUGGUCUUAGAACCAUUAGAAAGUGCUCUUCAGUCUGAUCCUUCUAAAGACAUUUGUACCAAUGAAAAUGAUUCUUUGGUUAAAAUUGAAGAGUGCCAGCGUAAUGAAGAUAUUAUUCCAGGAAAUAAAGAAAAGGAACUUAAUCUAUCAGAAAAGGGCAAGGAAGCUGAGACUGUGGAAAAAAUUGACGUUGAGUGUGAGAGCAGUGUAAAAGUUUCUGCUACCAAAGAGGUGAAUAAAAUAGCAGAAAAUAAAGUGGAAAGAAGGGCCAGUUCCACAGAAAAAUCUACCAAAAAUGCAGCAAAUAAAGUGAAAGCAACUCGGACAAGGGACUUGUUAAGUAGAUCUGCUGAACGAAAAGCUGAUUCACCAAAAACAGCUGCAGUACCUGAGGUACCAAAAAUAAAAAGGGAAAGACCUAAGAGCAAAUGGGAUACAAUCAUGAAUAAAAUUGAGAACAACAAAGAUAGCAUAAAACUGAAAACCAGAUCUGAUGUGAAAAGUACAAUUGGAUCGUAUGUGCAACAAAAGCCAACAGUCAAUAAGGAACCGAAACCUGUGAAAGAAAUACCCAAAGUUACACAUAUUCCUCAGCCCGACUAUAGCAAAGUAAAAAGCAAGCUGUUUUCUGCAACUGCAAGUACGUCUACUAAACAGAAAAUAUCUUUAAAAGCAACUAACAAAGUGACAAAUAAUUUGAAGAUUAGACGAGAUUCCUCUAAAUCUGUUGCUAGCAGCACUUCAACUCUAGAGUGUUCUAGUGACCAUCAGUCUGAAGACAAAGUAAAGAAAGAAAAAGAUGCAAAGUCCCAGAAAAAGCCUCUUGGAUCAAAGACAUCAUUACGAUCUGGAAGCAUUUCAAGCUUAAAGGGUUCAACUACGGCUCAGCCCACAUCAAAGAGCAUGAAUACCAAAAACCCCACCACAUGGACAAAUGACAAAAAUGUAUUAAACAAAACCUUCACCAUACAGAGCACACCAAAGAAAAUCUCAUCUUCAAAGACUCCCAGUUCUGGGAAAAUUAAUGUGACAAACAAUGUGACAAAGGACAAAAAGUCUCCUGCCUUAAAACAUUCCUCGCAUCAAGUGGACCAAAACAAAGUUAACAAGACCACAAGGAAUAAAGUUCCUAGCUUGAAAACGAGCCAGGGUGACAAUAAAGAUGCCAAAAAAGAAAUUACUCGACUUGAGGGCCUUUGUGAAUCUCGCACCAAGGAUCUUCACAUCACCAAGCUACAGCUGAAAGAAACUUUAAAGGGUUUUGAUGCUAUGUCGGUGUUGGUUAACUAUCUAGCAGUUGAGCUUGAUGCAUUUACAAAUUUCUCCUUGAAAGAAAAGUUUGGUUUAAUGAAAGAAGAACUCACUGAAACCAAAAAAGAAUUGGAGAAUUUAAAUGAUAAACAGAAAAGCCUCACCAAAGAAAUAGAAGACAUCAAUGCUGCCCAUGAAAAAGCUUUAUCACUUUUGGUUACAACUCAUAAUACCACUCUUAUGGAACUGAAAGAAAAACUCAAUGAGAAACAUAUGCAAGAACUAUCACGACAGGCAGAGAAAUGGCAAAAUGAUAAAGAAAAAUAUAAACAGCAGGUAGAAGAAAAGAAUAAAGAUAUUGACUCUGAACAUCAACAGGAAUUAAGUUCUCUGCGAUUGCGUAACUUGGAAGAAAUUAGAACUCUCCAAAGAAAGCAUGACGAUCAGAUGGAACGACUACACCAACAACAUAGAGACAAACUUGCAGAGAUUACCAAUACUUUUGAAACCAUUAAAAUGUCAUUAUCGAAUAAAGUUGAAUCCUUAUGUGAAGAAUGUGAUAAAUUAAGAAAGCGAGCAGCCGUAUGUGAAGAAAAUCUAGAAAAAGAAGUUGAUGUAAGGAUUCAUAAUGCUCUUGAAGUAUACAAUCACUUACCCCAAGAAAUUGAUAGCUUAAAAGCUGUUAUUGAUAUGAAAAACACAGAGAUUCAGAAUCUUAAUAAAGAAAAUGGUAACUUGAGAACUCAGGCAGCAGAAAUACAACCAGCUCUAGAAAAGAUAACAUUACUGCAACAGAAAAUUGAGAAUUUGGAAGCCAUAUUACAAAUUAAAACUGACCAUGAAAAGCAAUUGAAUGAGAAAUGCCAAAGUUUAAUGAGGAAGUUUAAUAAAGAGAAUCGGGCUAACAAACGCAUGUCGAUGGAAUUUGACAAACUGAAAUGGCAUAUGAGUCAAAGUGACCUUUCUGGGUCACAGGAAAAUAUCUUAAAGAUGUACAGCUGUUCACCUUCUGGUAGUGAAUCUGGGUCUCCUGAUCCUACUCAGAGAUUCAGUCGAUCACCAAAACAUUGGGAUUAUGAUGAUGCCUCUGGUGAUCAGUUAUCUAUGUCCGUUUCUUGUGACGGAUCAAAUGAACUUAAAACAAGGCGGAGAGUGGAUACGUUCUUGGUGACCGAUAAGAUCUCUCCUCAAAAUAGUCCAAAAUAUAAAUCCAACUCAGUUCGUAUGUCUCAGUCGUGGACAACAAGUGACGAUCAAACAGACCUAUUUACUUCUACACAAUCAACCAACACAGACACCACUACUACCACCGCCACUUCCACCACCACUACCACCACCACCACACACGCAAACUUGCCAUCACCUGCUGAAUCAACAAAACCUAUAUCAUCUGAAAAUUCAGAUAUAAACACGUGUCCAACUAAAGAAGAGUCUUCAUCUACUUGAUCUCAUUUUUUUUUUCUCCCCAUUGUUGAACAUUUUUGUUAACUUAUAGGCAGAAAAGUUUAUGCAUAGAUUAGUUGUUUCAAAUUUUUUCCAUAAAUUUGUUUUAAACGUAUUUCAAAUAAUUUAGAUAACUUUUUUGAUAUUGGUUCACAGUAUCUUUAUAAAGGAAGGCAUUUGUAUUUUUCAUUAAUCAUUAUUCAAAAUAGGUAAAAAAGAAAAAACAAAAA